AUGCCUCUGACGCCUUCUCCUCGUACAAGAACCACGAGCGUGACAUCCAACAACUACUCUCCUGCCACCCCUCCUCGAGACUCGAUCCACAAGCAACGCGAUCCCUCACUCUUCUUCGCUCGAUCAUCGUCUCGAAGCACUCCCAAGCUCAACUACGCCAACUCUCCCAAGUCAAACAUCGCUCGCAACAAGCAAUCUCCCAAGUCGCUCGAGCUUGGUGUCUCAGACUGGACUCUGACAGGCACUGGGCCUGCAACCAAUGCUACUCCUCAAAAGGCCAAGAAGGACAAUGCUCUCCGCACAAGAGCUGGCAAGACAACCAUCAGACUUCCUCACGAUGCUGCCGAUCGAUUCAUUCCCAGCCGGACUGCGAGUCAAGGCCUCAAGACUGCUGGCUCAGCCAAAGGAGAUGAGAACAGACCUAAGACAAGCGAGGGCUCGACAGUGCUGGCUACUGCUGCCAGUGCGUUCGACAUCUCUGCUCGUGGUGCUGACUCAGACAUCACGUCUGCGCUGGAGAACCUCGGCCUGGAAGAUGAGGUUCCUUCCUACACAAAGAAAGAUCUGGACUCGACAGCAUACGAGGAAGAGCUGGCCUCUGCAUGUGGCAUCUCCACCAACCAGCGUAUCCUGGCCUUCAAGCCUGCGCCUCCCGAGUCGUCCAAGCCCAUCGACCUGCGCUCUCAGUACAACCGACCUCUCAAGCAAGCCAGCGCACAGUCUGCUCAGUUUCGUCGUCGCAUCCAGUCAGCACCAGAGCGUGUUCUCGACGCUCCUGGUCUCGUCGAUGACUACUACCUCAACCUGCUCGACUGGAGUACCGGCAACCAGGUCGCCAUUGGGCUCGAGCGCAACGUCUACGUCUGGUCCGCCGACAGUGGCUCCGUGAGCUGCCUUCUAGAAGCUCCUGCCGACACGUAUGUCAGCAGUGUCAAGUGGUCAGGCGACGGUGCAUACGUCGGUGUUGGCCUCGGCUCAGGCGAGGUGCAGAUCUGGGACGUCGAGGAGGGUACCAAGCUCCGCAGCAUGUUCGGACACGAGACGCGCGUUGGCGUCAUGGGGUGGAACAAGCACACUCUGUCUACUGGCGCCCGCAGUGGACUCGUCUUUAACCAUGAUGUUCGCGUGGCUCAACACAAGGUCGCGGAACUUGUCUCCCACACUUCCGAAGUCUGCGGCCUCGAAUGGCGCUCGGAUGGAGCACAACUCGCUACUGGCGGCAACGACAACUUGGUCUCUAUCUGGGAUGCUCGAUCGCUAGCUGCUCCCAAGUUCGCUAAGAAGAAUCACCGUGCAGCUGUCAAGGCGCUUAGCUGGUGUCCCUGGCAGUUGAACCUUCUCGCAACCGGUGGUGGUGCCAACGACAAGCACAUCCACUUCUGGAACACCACUACCGGCGCUCGCGUCAACAGCAUCGAUACCGGUUCUCAAGUCACCAGCUUAAAGUUCAGCAACCACUAUCGUGAGCUCGUCAGCUCGAGUGGAUUCCCAGACAACUCGCUCAGCAUCUGGAGCUAUCCAACUCUAGUGCGCAACGUGGAAAUCCCUGCUCACGAGUCCCGUGUCCUCCACAGCUGCUUGAGCCCGGACGGUCAGAUGCUCGCUACUGCUGCGGCGGAUGAGUCCUUGAAGUUUUGGAAGGUCUUCGAGCGCAAGGCUGGCGUGAACGCCUCGGCGGCUAGAGAGGGUGGAGUGGGCAAGGGCAGCAACAUGGCUAAGCAGAUGACCAUACGAUGA